AUGAUACUAAAAAGGGCGGAGGUAGUAAAUAUAAAAGCUGAAAAGCAAAUUCUCAGUCGAGAAAACAUGCCAGUUGCUGAUGAAAUUCAGUCCUCAUGGGCAGACGAAGUUGAAAUCGAUCAAGGAGCUCUGCCCCCACCUUCUGAAGUAGUUGAAAAUGGACUUAAAAUAGUAACAGAAUAUAAGUAUGAUAAUGAUAAUAAAAAAGUUAAGAUUGUUCGCACGUAUAAGAUAGAAAAAAGAGUUGUAUCAAAGAGCAUUGCUAAACGUAAAACUUGGAAUAAGUUCGGUGAUUCUGCCAAUGAUAAACCUGGACCAAAUCCUGCUACUACUAAUGUGUCUGAAGAUGUCUAUAUGCAAUUUAUUACCAGUAAGGAGGAAGCGCAACGUCCAGAUGAGGGUGAUUUAGAGGCACUUAAGGCCAGACCAACUAAGGUUCUCUUCAAGUGUCGUACUUGCCAUGGAGAGCAUUGGACCACAAGCUGUCCAUUCCAACACACUGAGCUUGCUCAAGCAAAGGCUAGUGAAGCUGCUAAAGCUGCAGAAGCAAAAGCUGCAACUUCAAACAAAUAUGUUGCACCUAAUUUGCGAGAAGGAGCAGUUCGCAGACCCGGCCAUGAACCCCCAGGUGCAAGAAGAGAUGAUUUGGCUGCCAUUCGUAUUUCAAACCUUAGUAACUUUGCUGUGGAAGCUGAUCUUGACGACUUGGUUAGAGGCUUUGGACCUGUACAUAAGCUUUAUCUGGCAAAGGAAAAGAGCACCGGUCAAUGCAAAGGAUUUGCUUAUGUUCAUUUCAAGUUUCGAGCUGAUGCUGCUAAAGCUAUUCAAACCUUGAAUGGCUAUGGCUAUGAUCAUUUAAUUUUAAAUGUAGAAUGGUCCAAACCACCCCAAAAUAAC